AAACUCGGUGACUUUUUCUGGAAGUUUUGAAAAUAAUUAUGUGCAACAUAAUUUAGUAAGCUUUAAUACAGUAAAUAACAUUAAUGAUUUACGUGCAACAUAUGACCGUCUUAAACUGUCCUAG